AUGAGGAAUCCAAAGGAAAAACUGCUGAAUGAGAAUGAGAUGGCACCCACAAAAAUCGACGAUUUCCUCCGUUUGGGUCGUUAUUCUUUGUUGAUAUGCAUCGCUUGUGAGUUGGUUGUGCUGAUGCAAGCUGGGAAUUUAUUGUUCAUGGUAUUCGGAGGCGCCCCACCAAAACUGAUCGCUUGUCAAAAUGACUCAAGUGUGAUUGAUCUUCCCGAAGGAAUUCUUUGUGAAAUGUAUCAUAAUGGGACUUGUGAUCCUCGAUUGGAAUAUUCAUUCAAUUCAGUAAAUGUUGAGUUUAACUACAUUUGUGGUGACUCUUCAUCAAUCAAAGACAGUACAUCAAUACAAAUGAUCGGUUAUGUGAUUGGGACAUUAAUUUUUGGACAAAUAUCGGAUCAUUUCGGAAGAAAAUUGCCAAUGCUGAUCACGGUUUUAUUAACGGGAAUCUUCGGUUUUGCCUCUUCAUUUGCCCACAAUCUCUACACAUUUACCGCACUUCGUUUCCUGGCUAUUUUCUUCAAUACGGGACAUGUUGUAAUCGUCGUUGUAUUCAUGUGUGAAACACUUCCAAUGAGACAUCGUAUGUGGCUGAAUUUUCUCAUCAAUUGGUCACCAAAUAUCCUCUUGGUUACAUGUUUUGCGUUCAUUUUGGGUGAUUGGAGAAAACUUUCUAUUCUCAUCAAUCUGUUGGCAAUUCCAAUUUGUAUUUUGUUAUUUUUCUCGGAAGAAUCUGUUUAUUGGCUGGUGAGAAAAGGAAAAAUUGAGGAGGCUUUGGAAACGAUCGAAAAAAUGGGGAAAAUUGAUGGGAAAACAAUGGAUCUUGAUGGAGCAAAGAAGAUAUUUGAAGAAGAAAGACAACAGGCACAGAAAACGGCAUCGAGACGUUAUUUCUUCCAUCAUCUUUUCUAUUCAUGGACACUUGUUUCCUACUCGAUAACGAUGUUCGCUAGCUAUAUGUGUGUUGGUAUCUUCAACUACGGUAUUAUGUUCAAUCUGGAAACUCUCUCUGGCAGUCUUUACAAUAAUAUGAUUACUGUGGCCUCACUUCGAAUGAUUCUCAAUUUGUCCUCGGCGGCUGCUGAUUUCAAAUUGAAAUGGUUGGGGAGAUUGACAGCUCAUUACAUUUUUGGUGGAUAUGCGACGUGUGCCGUCCUGGGAAUCAUUGUCAUUCAAUAUUUCGGUCUUGAACUGACAUACUCGCUUCUUGUUCGAUGGUUGGUCAUCUCAGCCUCAUCGAUGGCUUCUCAGAUAUUUUUGACAAAUCAAGUUACUUGUUCUGAAAUCUAUCCAACUCCAAUCAGAAAUAUCGCCUAUGCAAUGACCCAAUUAAGUGGAAGCACCGGGUCAAUUCUUGGAGCUCAAUUGUUCAAAUUGAGUGAACUCUCCAUUCAACUUCCCUAUCUUUUGACCCUGCAAACA